AUGUAUCAAUUAACGUCCAUCACCGAUUGUAGGAUAUACAUCGCCACUGCGUUUUUGAUCGCAGUGUCGAUCACCUAUUACUUUUCCAUUUCAACGUUCGAUAAAUGGAAAAAACUCAACGUGCCCUACAUCAAGCCAAUUCCGUUGUUCGGAAACUUUAUGAAAGUAGCUUUGGUCAAAGACCACCCGUUAGAGUUCUUUGAUAAAAUCUAUUACAAGUUCUCCGGUCUGAAAUACGGAGGACUAUUCCAGAUGAGGACACCGUAUUUGAUGAUUCGUGAUCCAGAAAUAAUCAUUAACGUGCUAAUAAAAGAUUUCUCAUAUUUCCCCGACCGUGGUAUUUACUCGGAUUUCUCAAACAAUCCAUUGUCGGAAAACUUGUUCUUCAUGGAAAAUCCUCGAUGGAAAACAAUAAGAAACAAACUAAGUCCUGCUUUCACAUCGGGAAAACUCAAGAUAAUGUAUGACCAGAUCAAAGAAUGUGGCACUAAAUUAAUGGAAAACAUUGAUGGCGAUUUAAUGGGGACAAAUGGCGAAAUAGAAGUAAAAGACACCAUGGGAAAGUAUUCGACUGACGUCAUCGGCACUUGUGCUUUUGGGCUCAAGUUAAACGCCAUAAGUAAUGAUGAAAAUCCAUUUCGUAAGUACGGAAAAUCGAUAUUCAUACCUUCAAUGAGAAUGCUAUUUAGAGAACUGUGCCUGAUGGUUACACCCACACUUUUGAAAGUCGUAAGAGUGAAAGAUUUUCCACCAGAAGCAACUGACUUUUUUCACGAGGCAUUUAAAGAAACGUUGACGUAUAGAAUUGAAAAUAAAAUUGUCAGAAAUGACUUCGUUAAUUGUUUGAUGCAAGCGAGAAAUGAUUUGACUUUAAAUACAAAUUUACCAAAAGAAGAAAAAUUUUCGGAAUCACAAAUUGUAGCAAACGCUUUUGUAAUGUUUGCUGCUGGGUUUGAAACAACGUCCGGUACUUUAAGUUAUAUAUUAUAUGAAUUAGCGUUGAAUGUACCUGUUCAAGAGAAAGUACGUCAAGAGUUUCAAUUGAAUUUAUCCAAAAAUAAUGGACAAAUUGACAACGAAUUUUUAACGGGGCUUAAUUACAUGGAAAUGGUUAUUGCGGAAACGCUGCGUAUGUAUCCUCCUUUAAUUGCUUUGUUCAGAAAAGCAUCAAAAACAUACCGUUUGUCUGACGACCUAAUACUGGAAAAAGGCCAAAAAAUCGUAAUUCCAAUUUAUUCGCUGCAUUUCGAUAGUAAUUAUUAUCCGGAUCCGAAAAAAUUCGAUCCUGAAAGAUUUUCRCCUGAGGAAAAAGCUAAACGUCCCAGUGGUGUUUAUUUGCCGUUUGGCGAUGGACCUAGAGCUUGUAUAGGAAAACGUUUUGCUGAGCUGGAAAUUAAAUUGGCUUUAGUUGAAAUUUUAAGUAAAUUUGAAGUUUUACCAUGUAAAAAAACUGUUAUUCCUCUAAAAUAUUCUAAAAAAGUUUUAACAUUGAUGCCAGAACAUGGAAUUUGGUUAAAAUUUAAAAAAAUUGCUUAGCUUUAGAAUUUUUGAAUUAGUUAUGUACUGAAAAAAAACUAUCAGUUCGUAAGCUGUUGAAAUUAUAUGGUUUUGAUUUUAUACAAUUAUUUGUAAAAUUUCAACAAUAUUUUAAUAAUAUGUUUUAACUUCUUAUAGGU